ACCGAAAUUUUUAAUGUCAAGGUUAGUCCUGGUCAUGUGUUUGGUAUGGAUAGUAAACCAGGCUAUGAUUCAGAUGACGAAUUCUUCGAUUGCCAGUCAGAAGCUUGUUUUUAUGCUGUGGCUUCUCCUUUGAGUAAAGGUCAAGGUGAAGUUUUUGUGGAUCCUAAGAGGGCUUAUUUAAAGUUACGUGGUAUCACGGGUGCUAGGCUUAAGUUAUUUGCUAACCAUGUGGAUGCCAACAAGUUUGCGAAUACUCCAGUUGACGAAGAGAACCUCUCCAACCCCUACCCUCCAGUAAGUUGGGAUAUUUUGUAUACAAAAAUUAAGUCACCCAAAGCUGAUGUUGAAAGCAGUCCAUACCCAAGUGCUAGUCAACAAACCCUAAUUCGUUUUCGAUCAAUGUUAGAUAAUGGGAACGUUGAUGUUGUUAAAAAAAUGGUAGACGAUAACCCGAUGAUUUUAGUAACGACUAGUGACACACCCACAAUAUUGCAAAUACGCUUUCGAUAUAAUGCAUUACAUGUGGUUGCUUCGAAAGGCAACGUCAACCUGCUUCAGUUUCUCCUAAAUUGUAUUGAUUCUGAUAAAUUUUGGGAACGUCUGUAUCCAGGUGCAUCUAAAGAAGCCUCUUAUUGGCGUCAACAGUAUGUUCUAGACCUAUAUUUGAAUAGUCCUGAGCUUGGAAACUUUGAAACUCCCCUACAUUUCGCUAGUAAAUAUGGACAUAUUGAAUGUGUUUCCAUGCUUGCGCGGCAUCCAUUAACAAAGCUCGACCCUCGUAACUUUGCAGGUCAUACGCCUGUAGAUUUGGCUGCUACUCGUUUGAUCAGUCAAGAGAAAAUCCUCCAUUCGGAUUUCGAUUGUCCCACUAACAUUGUUAAUAGAAUUCUACAUAUUUUUGAUGAGAGUUACAUUGUAUUAGCAGAUGUGGAGGUCUCAGAACCAGCUAUAAUAAAGACUAGGAUACUAGCACCCUUGAACACGCGUGAAUUUCAAACGAUGUUAGGGUUGUAUGCACGGAAUUCGUGUAAAACAUUUAGAAAUGCAACCCAUGUGAAACCAUUUCCUACACAAAACAAUCAAUAUUAUUUUUUCAGGAGUUCGGUGGAAACUGGGGAUUGUCUCAAAGUUAAGAUUAAUGGCAAUGUUCACCGGUUACGAGGCUUCUCAGGACCAAUGCCGAGUGAUGUAGCUGUCGAAUUUCGAAAAAAAUGGCUUCAAUACAACGCACCUAAUGCUGUUGACUACAAAUCUUUUUCACAUCUUCGUCUAAUUGAUUCGGAAAAAGGAUAUGAACGCCAAGGAAGGUAUUUAUCACGUGUUUUUGGGACAAGUUGGUAUGAAUACUGGGAAUUUUUGGAUGAUUACAUUGACUUAAGCUCCGAAGAUGGUUUGCUAGCUUUAGAAGAUUAUCUGUCUAAUUGUUCAUCACUGAACAUUGACCAUCCAUUAAAAGAAACUACCAGUAAUGGGGAUUGCUCAAACAAUAGUAAUACUGAAGGUACUCUAGCAAAUGUUUUGCAAGAUGUCAGUCAGACUGGCUGUACGCUCUCUCCAACAUUUUCACUUUUCGAUGAUAACAAUAACGAUGUAUUCGCUCCUGCAACACCUAUUAUCCGUGGAAAGUUAGUUCCUAAGAGCAAUUCAACAAUUAACAGAGAAUUAUUUGCGUCAUCUAACUCUCAACGUUGGCUAUCUUAUCGUCAAGAUAAAGGUUGUAUUCAUGGAUUAAAUGAUAGUUUGGAAAAUAGCUCCGAGCAAACAAACUCAAAUAUUCAUUCUCAUGAGGAAAUGUCCGAUGAAAGAGACUCAGUAGACGAGGCUGUUGUUGUCAGUCCCAUUGUACAACUUCUGAAGCGUUUGACGUUUUUAAGUCCAAUGAGUUGGUUAAGAGCAGGUAAUCAAGUAGACGCAGAUGGCCAGAAGUCUUUAACGACAGACAAUUCUACUACCAAUAAACUUGUUGGUCAUGUGUCUGAACUGAGAUUUUCAAAUAAACGCAAAAUAUCGGCAUCAAGCUUUCAGAGCUUAGAUUCGCCCUUAGACAAGCCUGGUGGCAAGAAACACUCGCCCGGUAAAACAGAAACUAAACCAACAUCUGAAUUAACAAGAAAACAAUUACCACAUGACUUCACUAAUAUCUACAAAGCGUUGCCUGGAAAUGACGACGAACUAAAAUAUUUUAACCCGCUUGAGCUGCCACUUCAAAAAUCUACACCAUCUCUUGUACUAUCCACGUCAAACAAUUCUAAAUUUAUGAAAUGUAUUCAACUAACUGAAUACGUUCAAUCUUUCUUAAAUAAGUCCUCAUAAAUAUUUAGCUGAUAAUAAACAAGAGUAAAAAGAUAACUGUGUACAAUAUUUUUGUUAAAGCUUGUUUUCUAUGUACAUUUCGCAAUCUGGUGCUUUAUAUAUUCAUAUAUAUAUCUUACGUGUUUUUUGUCAAUUCCGAUUAAUUCUUAGGAGGAAAAAUGCUUCAUACGAAUGAAAUAUCAAAUGUGUUCUCACACGCCAAACAAGGUCAAACAAAAAAAGCAUCACUUCAUGCAAUAUACUGUUACGAGUCAUC